CUAUUCAAGUUUUUUUGGGAAAUCUGCCAAGGUUGUCUUUUGCAGACGUUCAUCGUCUGGUGAACCGUCACUCGACAACACCCCGCUCCAAACUGGACAAGGGAUACAGCUUGUUUUUUGAGAAAUUCAUUCACGACUAUGAAGAUUGUUUUCCAAGCUGAAGCUCCAGAACUGCAAGGAACAUCAUGCAGCUGUACAGCAGGGAAGGUCCUCUGCAACCACCUUGUGGCCUUGCUAUUCCAGUCGGCCCAUUACUGCAUGUUGAAGGUGACAGCUGUACCACCACCUGUGCCCUGCACAAGCUCCCUUCAAGCAUGGCAUCGGCCUAGGACCAUGGGGAUCCAUGCAGAACCGGUUCAGGACUUGGUAGUCAGGAAGCCAAAGCCAUCCACCAGGAGCGUGUGCAAAUCAACACUCUAUCAAGCAUACACUGGACCCCUGCCUGAUCCCAACAUGCUGGCUAUUGGGGAGAAGCUCACAAACAUCAGGCCGCAACCACUGAUCUCGUCUGUGCUGCACGGCCUAUCGCAGCUGUCGAUGGUAGACUCCAAGUUCGGACCUGUGCCACGAGGAUCACCCCUGUCAUACCAGUGUCCUCCUGUGGUCAAAUGUGGGGAUUACAUCCAGCACCCAGAGGCACCAGCAUUCCCGAAUCUGCCCUUAGAGGACUCAACAUUUCCCACCCAAAUUCCACAAUUUGAAAAAAACUCAAUCCAAAUUUUGCAUUUCGACACUUUAACUGUUACAUAUAACAUGGCAAGUGACAUAGAGAAGCAGACAAGAGAACAGUCUGAGUGCCAGUGUUAA